CACCCAUGGAGACAAAAUUUCUUACGUUUCUCCUCUUCCUUUCAUGUAUUCAAGCCAUUUCAAGUUCAGAUUUUGACAGAAAUUUCAGUUCAGAACAGACAGUUGCAAACGCAAACCCCUCCAAGAGCAACAUUGUGCUAACACAGGAUCAAGUGGAGAAGCAUGGAAUCGCAACGAAAGCACUAAGGAAGGACAUAGAUGUAUCUCAUGGCUCAAAAACACAGAAAGGAAAAGGAGCUACUGGGGGACAAGAUGUUAAUCACCGCCCAACCCACAGCUCUGCUGCAUCUUCUUUAUUACCCUGCAUCUCAACUCUAUGUGCAUGCCUCAUUUCAUACCUACCAUUAUUUUCUUAAUUUCUACUUCCUCUAACAUAUGCCAAAUGUUUGAGUCUCUAUACCAUGAUAUCGGAAAACACAAUAAUGACUAUG